CCCUGAAGAAUCAAAAUGAAGAUAGACAGAAAUAAAUUGAAAAAGUCUACAACAGAGGUGCCUGCAGAUUGUCGGGCCCUCAUUGAGAAACUGAAGACUGCUACAGAGGGUACAUUACUAGAAGAACUGAAAGCAGUGAAAUCCUGGUCUUAUGGAAAGUGUGAACUAUACCAUUGGUCAGAUGUCCUGGAUAAGUUUGAUGAGGUCCUGGAAAAGGCAUGCAAAAAGGAGGGUGAGAAAAAAUGGAUGCUUUGCUGUGACAGAGCUGGCGAGGAACAGCUGAAGGACCUCUUGUUAGUAAUUCUACACUUCACAUCAUUACUGAUUGAACACAGUUUCUCUCGUCACCUUUACAACUCCAUGGAACAUCUAACUAGCCUGUUGUCCUCGUCAGAUAUGACAGUUGUUCUGGCUGUGUUGAACCUCCUAUAUGUUUUCAGCAAAAGAUCAAACCACAUCACUCGGCUAAGCAAUGACAAGAAACAAGGCCUAAUUGUCAGACUGACUCACUUAGCUGAGAGCUGGGGUGGUAAAGACAAUGGAUUUGGCCUUUCUGAGUGCUGCAGUAAUGAUCCAAUUUCAAACUUUCCUACCAGUGCAACAACACUGCAUUUUGAAUUUUAUGUGGACAAUAAAGAAGACAAGGGCAAGAAGGGAAUGGCUAAUGUCAUUACUUCUAUACAUAUGGAAAACUUGGACAAGUCAAUGAAGUUACCAUCAGAAAUUAUGGAAGAAAUUCUGGAGAAUUUCAAGGUCCCUGAAGAAAAACAGAUGUUGCUGUAUACUCAUAUUCGUUUAGCCAACCUGUUCUCUAAGUAUGAGGCUAGACUUCAGUGUGUGCAGGCUAGACUGCAAGCAAUGGCUAUCUUAGUAUAUUCCAACGCUAUACAGGACAACAUGAAUGCUCUGCUAUAUCCAGGUCUGAUAGAAGAACUAGUGGAUAUUAUAGAACUGAAAGAUGAACACUUAGUGGAAAUCAAAGCAGCUUCACUGAGGACACUCACCUCCAUAAUCCACCUGGAGAGAAAUCCUAAAUUGAACAACAUAAUCGAUGCUACUGGUGCAUCUUCGUACCAUGGUUUUCUGCCAGUGCUGGUGCGCUCCUGUAUACAACAUAUGACAGAUUCCCAACUGAAACCUUUUCCACAACCCUAUGCCACAGCGCUGUUCUCAUUCUUGUAUCACCUGGCCAGUUAUGAAAAUGGUGUGGAGGCCUUGGUCUCCUGUGGGAUGAUGGAAUGUUUACUGAAAGUGAUUAGCUGGUAUGGCAAUGGUCAGGAUCAUAUCACGCAAUUUGUUACAAGAGCAGUGCGUGUGGUGGACUUGAUCACCAACCUAGAUAUGGCUGCCUUCCAGACACAAGGUGGUCUUUCAACCUUCCUCAACAGACUUGAGCAUGAGGUUGAAAUCUGCAGGAAGGAGAACCCAUUUCAGAUCAGGAUAAAGCGGGAUUCAAUGUGCGAGAGUCAGGACUCUCCCCUUGCAAUGGAGAUGGACCUACAUGGUGAGGAUGGCAAAGAGAGCACCAUUGACGAGUCUGCAGUCAGUGAUGAAUCCAGGGUCAAUGAGGGUGCAUCUACCUCCACUGGCAUGGCCUACACAGUAUCUGCCCCACCGAAGAAUGGAGUCCAGUGCUUCCCUCAAAGAGCUGCUCUGCUGAAGUCCAUGUUAAAUUUUCUGAAGAAGGCAAUCCCAGAUUCUUCAUUUUCUGAAAGUAUUCGACAUUCCACGGACGUUGUGACAGUGUAUGUGUUCCAGGAGCCAUCCCUUCUGUCCUCCCUACAGGACAGUGGACUUACUGAUGUUGUGCUCCAUGCUUUACUUAUCAAAGAUGUGCCAGCAACGCGAGAGGUAUUGGCUUCCCUACCCAAUGUGUUCAGUGCCCUAUGUUUGAACACACGAGGCUUAGAGGCAUUUGUCAACUGUAAACCAUUUGACAGAUUAUUCAAAGUGUUGCUCUCACCUGAUUAUCUCCCUGCAAUGCGACGGAGACGUAGCUCUGACCCCUUUGGUGACACAGCCAGUAACCUUGGAAAUGCAAUGGAUGAACUGAUGAGGCAUCAGCCGUCAUUAAGGACUGAUGCCACCAAAGCCAUCAUUAAGUUACUAGAAGAAAUCUGUGCCAUGGGAAUGGAUCCUAAGUGUGUUUGUCAAAAGUCCCAGCCAAAAUCUGAGCCGAAUAUAGUCUCAAUCCGCUCACCCCAGCCUCCUGACAAUGGAUCUUCUGAUGAGGAGGAUGAGGAGGAAGAACUUGCUAACACCCAGGACUCUGCUUCUGCUGCUAACAAACCUCCUACACCACCUGAGACUCCUGCAGAUACCAGUCAGCAGAUGACAUCUACUUCACAAGAAAAGCAAGCUAUUCCUCUGAUGGACUAUGUGUUGAAUGUGAUGAAGUUUGUCGAAGCCAUACUAAGCAACAACUCGACAGAUGACCAUUGCCGUGAGUUUGUCGCCCAGAAAGGACUCCAACCUCUCAUGUCUAUUCUUGGCCUGCCUAAUCUUCCAAUUGACUUUCCCACAUCACCAGCAUGUCAAGCUGUUUCCAUUGUGUGCAAAUCAAUACUAAAUUUGUCGCGGGAACCCCAGGUUCUGAAACAGGGCCUGUUGAAGUUGGACGAGGUGUUACAGAGUCUGGAGACCCUUCACCAGCCUCUUGAAGCACCUGGAGGGUCUGUUCUCCUGCGCGAACUGGCAAACGUGGCUCACAUACCAGAUGCUGCCCAGUUACCCCAGAACACACCUCUCUUGCAUGCCCUGUCCUCUUGCCAUGCUUACAUCUUGAUGUUUGUACAUGUCUGCCGGAUGGGACAGACGGACAUACGUACAAUCUCUGUGAAUCACUGGGGUUCUGACCUGGGUUUAAAAGUGUUGGAAGGUCUUAGCAAGCUGUACACAUCAUUGGUGUGGGAAAGCACUGUGCUGCUAGCUCUAUGUAAUGAUGAUGUGCUGCCUGCCAGCUGUGAGUUUGGUAAGGCAGACAUGGAGAAACUACUCCCUAAGGAUUUCAAAUCAGACAAGGACAUCAAAGAAGAGAGUACAACUCUAACACAUAGUGCUGGUGAACUUGGAAGUAAUGGUGUUAGUGCUGCCAUGGAAUCUCUCUCCACGUCGGAGAGCACAGAGACUCCUAUGGACGUUAGUGACAUGCAAUCACAGGCGACAUCUUCAGAUAAGGACAGUAAACGCCCAAAAAUUUCAACAGCACUGCAGGCACAGGUGAAACAGUUGAAGCCACUUUUGUCGGUGUCUUCACGUCUAUGUCGUGCUCUUGCUGAGCUGUUUGGCCUCCUGGUGAAACUCUGUGUUGGUAGCCCAGUGCGACAGAGGCGAAGUCACCAGAUCCCACCUCCGCCAACUACACCUUCCCCUGCUGCCCAGGCAGUAGCCCGAGCACUCACCAGACUUCUAACCAAUGGCCUUCAGUGGACUCCACCUGAAUAUUCCCCAGUACCCAAACUUAGGUUAACAUUUCUUGUGUGUUCUGUGGGCUUUACAUCCCCAAUGUUGUUUGAUGAGAAGAAACAGCCCUAUCAUCUGAUGCUACAGAAGUUUGUCUCAUCAGGAGGACAGAAGGCAUUAUUUGAAGCCUUCUCCUGGGCAUUGUCCAUUGAUGGGAAAGUACAAAUGGCUGAUGGUUUGGAGUUUCCAGAACUACCUGAUGGUACUGGUGAGUUCAUUGAUGCAUGGCUGAUGUUAGUGGAGAAAAUGGUAAAUCCUAAAACAGUGCUGGAGUCAACACAUACUCUACCAGAGAAGUCUAGUCAGGCAGGUUUUGUGCCCUUCAGUCCAGUCCAGUACCUUAUCAGCACACAGAAGGCUGCUUUUAAUGCAGUGAUGCACCUGUGGAACAAGAAACCUUUGAAGCUGUAUGGUGGUCGCAUGUCAGAAUCCAUCCUGGCAAUAUUGUGUCAUAUCAUCAAGGGGGAGACCAUCAUAAAGGAUUACUUGGCUAGAGAGAAGGAGGAGACACCGGGUACAUCAGGGACGGCAAGCAGUAUCAGUAUUCUGAAUCCUGCUGCAGCUGCUGCUGCUGCCCCUGCUGCUGUACAGCGACCUAGCAUCCCUGAAGUUGAUCAAGCACAUCUACAGCAGUUGAUGGAUAUGGGUUUUACCAGAGAACAUGCCACGCAGGCUCUCAACCAUACUACCAGUAUAGAACAGGCCACAGAGUACAUCCUGACUCACCCACUGGUCCCUGCCCCCAGGACUUCAGCUGCUAAUCCCCUUGGUAUGGUUCUUGAGAUGUCUGAAGAGGACCAAAUGAUGCGAGCUAUAGCCAUGUCCCUAGGAGAUAACGUGCUCAUGUCUACUGAUGAGGUAGGCGGACCAACUUGUUCAUCACCCAAACAGGAGCCACCCAAGCCAGAGGAGCCAGAAAUUGAUGAAAAGCAGGAGAAAGAGGAGCCACUUGAUCGAACGACAAUUGAUCAGUUCACUGACACAGUGAUGCCGGGUUGUCUGGCAUUGCUGGACACACUCCCUGAGACAGUGUAUCGUGUUUGUGACCUACUUAUUGUAGUCACACAGAGGAAUGGACUGGAGUGGCAGAAACGAGCCCUGGCCUCACUUGUACAGGAAGUUCAGUCCUUGGGUCAGAAGUUACUCACUGUAGGUCAUAUCUGUCCUCCUGAAGAGUCUAGUCCUAAUGACAAGAAGGCUUUCCAUCCUGACUCUUGCAAGUUUGCAACACGACUUCAUUUAUUUAGCCUGCUGUUUGAGGAGGCGAGGAUGCCGUGUGCUGAGACGGUGGAGAAAGUCUACCUGACUGACCUCUUGGUACAGGUGUUGAGUAGUGGACAGGAAUUCCUCACAGCCAAUCGGGAUUAUGUUUCACCAAAAUGGCUAGCACCUUUGCUGCUGUUGUUGGACUUGUAUGAAAAAGUAUCUGUGAUAUCUAGACGCAAGGUGGAUGCUGAGAAACUAUUGGCGGCCAGUCAUACAUGGAAGUGGUUUGAUGACAGUACUGGACGCUGGUGUAAAUACAGUCUUGGCAACAACAAAACAAUUGACGACGCCUACCAGGCAGGAGAAUCCAGCAUCAGGUUCCAGGCUGGCAGGAGAAGGUACACUGUCCAUUUUAACACCAUGAUGCAGGUUAAUGAGGAGACAGGUAACAGGCGCCCAAUCAUGCUGACUCUGCCUACCGUUGAGGAGAAACAACAAGCAGAACAGGGCCAAGAUAAGAAGGUCUCCAACAAAGAUGGGGAUGUUUCCCAGCCCAAGAGCAACAUGGAAACAGAACCAGUGGAGAGAAAAAUAACACGGGAAACAAAGAUUGUAAAUGGCUUAAAUUCUGAUCAGGUCACCAGUGUUAUAAGGUCUGUGGUGGCCCUUCUAAACAUUCCGGUGGAAGCUGAGAGUCUUCAUGCAGCGCUACGCCUCAUUCUACGGCUGACACGAGAACACAAGUACGCAGUCCUCUUUGCAGAACUUGGAGGCCCUAAAGUGUUGCUGAAUCUCACACAAGCAUCAGCUUUCCAGGGCUUUGUUUCUCUAGCCACACUCAUCUUCAGACAUAUUCUAGAGGAGCCUGCUUCUCUGAAGUACUGUAUGGAAAAGGCAAUCAAGAAAGCGACGUCUGGGUCUGGCUCCAGUUUAAGUGGUGUACAGCAGGGUAGUAUGGGGUCUAAGGAACUGCACUAUGUGUUAAGAGUCCUUGGGCCUGCUGCCUGUCGUAAUCCGGGCAUGUUUACGGAGGUGGCGAGAAAUACACUAAGGAUAGCCCUUCCACGUCCCUCUAAACGUGAUGAGGAUGAGAGCCGAUUUUAUGGUCCAAAUGCACCACAGAUACUAAAGAGCAUAUCAACAAAGCAAGUUAUCUCCCAUACAGUGGAAUCUCCAAUUAAGGAGGUGCUUUACGACCUACUCAACUGCCUUAUUGUCAAAUGUAAUUACAGAGAACAAGCACCCACAGCUGCCAGUGUAGGCAUGGAAGUGAAGGCUGCUCAGCCACUCUCAGAAGCUAUUGCUGAAAUGUCACGCGAACUCCAGGAGAGACAGGCCAACAUGGUCCGCCAAAACAGCUCGGCUGAUCUCCAGCCAGAGGAAGAAUCCACUAGUCAAACAGAUCUUACAGUAGACCAAGGAGGAAGUAAGGACCAGACUAAAGAUAAGGAUACAAAGACAGUUGAGGAUAGUCGCAAACAGAGUCUUCUGAUGCCAAAGUCCCUAAUCCUACGACUGCUGUCUGAGAUGGUCAAGUCUUACGGCAGUUGUACACAGCUCAUCACUCAACAUGUGUACAUUGGCGGCCAGUCAGAACUUGUGCCUGAGGAAUGUACCGUACUGGCAUUUGUACUGGACCACCUGUUGCCGCAGUGUCAAGUGUAUGGAGACAGAGACUGCCCUGCAUUGUCCCGUGUUUUUGUGGCGAGUAUCGCUUCCUGUAACAACCGACCUGAUGCCCAGAUGGCACUAGUAACAGAAAUUAAAAAUGCCUUGCAGCGUGUUCUGUCCCAUCCUGAAAGUUCUGAGAAACAUGUGCGAAUACAAUCGCUGACAAAUCUCAUCAGUAUCAUCAUUGAGUCAUGUCCAAGCCCUGGACAGGUGCCAAAUGAGGUGUUCAAAGGACAACAAACACUGAUGAACAACAUUGUAAAGAGUCUUCUGAAGAAAGGCGUGGUGACUGACCUGGCUAGAAUACCUCACAGCCUUGACCUCUCCAGUCCUUACAUGGCCAAUACUAUCAACUCAGCUCUGAAACCCCUGGAAACGCUUUCCCGCAGUGUUAAUCAGCCCAUACAGGGUGUCACAGCUAAGGCAAAGGGAAAACUUGAUUUGGGUGAACACACUGCUGGACAAGAGACUACGACAGAAAACACUACCACAGCAGCAGAGGGGGGUACAGGAAACCUUGGACAGACAAGGGAUGUAACCAUUGAGGAUAUCACAGAUCAGGCUGACCAACAUGGUGACCUAGAGGAAGCAGAGCCUUUGGAGGCUGAGGAACCUGAACAUGAUCUAGACAACACAGAUCCUGGUUCCCAGCUACAAGAUGUCAUUGAUGAACUGCUGAAUAGAGACUCAAAUUUGGAUAAUGAAAGAGAAGUUCUUGCAGAUAUUGUAAUGGAAACAGAGGACAUCAGUCAGGCUUCGGAGCAGGAUGAUCAUGGUGAUGACGGAGAUGAUGAGCUGAUAGAUGUGGAAGAGAUGGACCACCACGACUCGCACAUUGUCAGUCAGGAAAUCUCCAUAGAAGAUGAGGAAGGAGAUGACAACACUCAUGUUGAUGUACAUGAUGACGACUCCGCAGAGAGUGGAUCAGAUGCAGAUGAAGAUGACAAUGAUGAUGGUGAUAAUGAUGAUGACCAGGAUGACGACGAUGAUGAUGAUGAAGAAGAUGAAGAGGGGUCAGACAUGGAGGCAGAAGAUGAGGAUGAUUAUAAUGACUUGGAGAUAGACACACACUCUGGCCACCAGUUUCAAGAUGCAACUGAAUUCUUCAACAUGGAGGAUAUGAUGUUUCCACUACCUGGAGACCAGCAUGUGAUAUUCGAUUCCCUGGACAACAAUCGUCGGCUGCACAACUUUAAUGGCUUACAAUGCCCCAUCUCCAUACACGACAAUGAUAAUGGCAAUGAGCUCGCAGUGCCAACAGUUGUGCCUCCUGCACCCAGUAAUGUGAUGGCCACCCAUCCCUUGUUGACUCGCCAGCCUGACACGCAUGGUGUGGUAGCCCGUAUUCACCGAGGAGGGCGUCAAAGGGGUACCUGUCGCUACAACCCUUCUACACAAACACUCCAUGUUAAUUUCCCACGUCCUCCAAACCCACCUGUUAUUUUACAGAGACUGCUGGGCCCAACAACCGCAGCCGAAGUUCUUCAGCUGACUAGUACCCUGACAUCUGUAGCUGGACCAACCCCAACACGUGUAGUCUUGCCCAAUGAUGACCUGCGCCUCAUGUCUCGACCUGAAGAAGACUUUUUUGAAGAGCUCUUCCAGGAGCCCUACACGGACAGUAAUGCGGCGGGGUCAGGUGUACUUACCUACAUUCCUUCCACACUGACUAGAUGGACUGAGGAAGCCAAAGUGUUGGAUGGCGACAGCAUAAACGACUGCAUGACAGUAUUAAAGCCAGAGAUUAUGGAAGUUUUAGAACAGCACCGUGAUGAAGAGCUAUCAGAGCGAAGGGAAAAACGCAAGAAAGCAGCAGAGGAAGAGGCAGCUGCCAAAAAAGAGAAAGAGCAAAACAGUAAAGGGGCAUCUGUGGACUGGAUAUCCCCACAGCAGAUGGAGGUAUCUCUCGAUGGGAUGACACCAACUAGCUCAUCUGGUGGUGCAAGUAGUAGCACAACUACAGUCACACCUCAAGCCAACACUGGUUUACUGACUACUGCUCUCUCUGACACCAACCAGGAAGCAAAUGGUCGCCAUAUCAGUGCUUCUGAGGCUGCUGCUGCAGCAGAGCUAAUAGCUACUGAGAUGGUCGAAGGCAUUUUGUCAACAACCACUCCAUCAGAAUCUGGUUCUCGGCCAGCAGAUGGCCUGCUAUCCACAGCCUCGCCUUCUGUGAUGUCAACCUUCCUCACUCCUGCUAACCCUCUCCCUCUCACCACCCCAGGGGCACCAAUGGCAGAUCGGCCAAGACAGCGAGCCCCGAAUGACGGAAGACUAAAUCUGGCCUCCCUGCUUCUAAGUGAUCAGGACCCUUCACCUGUCACACAGCGGACUGGUGUAUCAACGUUUGGAGGACUAGGGGAGAUACCUGCCCCACUUGUUGGAAGUCAACCAGUAUCUAUUGUACCUGCUGCUCCUACAGAAGGAAGCAUCACACCAGAGGAGGUGUCUGGGAUCAGCAGUUCAGGAGCAGUCACUGUCCAGUCAUCAGCCAGUUCAGAAGAGUUGGCAGGGUCAGGCCCAGAUAUGUUGCCCACCACUUCAUCUCCCAUCAUCAGUCAUGAGGCUGCCCAGUCUAUUGACUCAGGCCUUCGCAGCUUUCUCAUGGGUGGUGCUUCAAUUUCCUCAGUGUUGGAGGGUGCCACCGGGUUGGCCAAUGUCUCUACUUCCACUUCAGCACCCCUUGAUCCCAAUGCUCCACUCCUGCCAAGCAGUAUCCUGCGUUCUCUAGACCCCAGCUCCAUCCCCCUCCCUCCUAUGGCCACAGAGGGUGCCCUGGGCGAAACAGAUAUGAUGAGAGGUGGCCUCCCCUCUACAUGGAGUGUCCCUACCACUACCACCAACACUGUGCCCACUUUGGGCUCAGAAGGGUCUGUGGAAGGACCAUCCUCUUCGCGCAGUGCCUCAGAUCCUGCUGUUCCUGAUGGUGUUGAUCCAUCAUUUUUGGCUGCCCUCCCAGACAAUAUACGCCAAGAAGUAAUCGCAGAACAGCUCCGACUUCAGCGGAUCCAGCAGAGUGCCAGAGAGCAAGCCCAGAGUGCCCACAACACCGGCACCAUGGAAGUCAACCCAGAGUUUCUAGCUGCCUUGCCUCCAAACAUACAGGAGGAGGUACUGGCUCAACAGAGAACAGAACAGGCUCGUCUUCAGGCCCAGAAUACUCCUGCUCAGCCAGGUACAGAUGCUCCUGUAGAUCCAGCUAGUUUCUUAGCAACACUUCCCUCAUCUCUACGGCAACAAGUCCUGGCAGAUAUGGAUGACACCAUGGUGGCUGUACUUCCACCUGACCUAGCUGCCGAGGCACAGUCACUCCGAAGGGAACUAGAGGAUCGGCAUCGGCGACUGAUGCAGGACCGUCUAUUUGCCCAGGCUGGGGCUGGGUUUGCAGGUAGGUUGGGUGCUGGGAGAUAUUCCCUUCGUGCUGUGCCCCCGAUUCGUGCUGUGCCUCGAGGAAGUAAUCAGUGGGCAUGGGGUUCAAAUCGUAUGGACAACCAUUCCUCUGGUAGUGGAGUAAAUGCAAUCAAAUUCCGGGGACGACACCUUCUGGAUCAUGAGGCACUCACUUGUCUUGUUGUUUUGUUGUUUGUGGAUGAACCAAAGAUAAACACUAGCAGGCUACAUCGUGUCCUGCGCAAUCUGUGCUACCAUAGUCCCACAAGGAUAUGGGUGAUUCGUGCUCUCCUCUCAAUUCUGCAAAAGACAGGUGAAUGUUUGGUGGAGGAAGGCAAAUGUACUGCUGGAGACAAGGGGAAAAAGAAGACUGCAAGUUCCGCUUCCCCCGACGUCUCUUUGAAAUGUGACACAAAGAGCCAAGGUUCUUGGUUGUCCAUUAGUCUUGAGGCUGCCCUAGGGUGUCGUGCAAACGUCUUCCAGAUUCAGAAGGUGGGCAAAAAACAUGUGCCUGGGGGUUCAUGUACUGGCACUGUGACUGUGCAUCCCCAAGCUGCUCCUGUUGUGUGUAGACAUGUUCUUGACACAUUGAUUGCCCUAGCUAAAGUGUUCCCUAGUCAAUUCUUGCCAGCUUCCAAAGCCAAGGAGGUAGGCAAAUGUGAGGAGACUGAGGUGGAGGAGAGACAAGAUAGUGGCACUGAUACUUCUACAGUCCAGGGAAGUCCCAAACAAUCAACAUCUGGUGUCGAAUCUCCAAAGUCAGAAACAGACUUUUGGGACCAUCUUAUAAAAUUAGACAAUGUAAAUAUGAAUCGCAAAGGUAAAGGUGUUCAACGGACUCAUAAUGCUAGCAAUACAGAAGGUGAGGCUAAUUUUUACAACUUUGAAUCAUCACCACUGGGCCAGCUGAUGUUGAUGUUAUCUCAUCCAGUGGUGAAGCGUAGCCAGCUGCUCACAGACCGGCUACUUAGACUACUUGGCCUUGUGUCUAUGAGUCUGCCUGACAUGACACAGGGUAACAGGGCUACCUCACAGGCACCAACCAGUACCCUACCUAGUCUAUUAUCCAGCAUGGUAACACCGUCUGUGGUCACGCCAACAACUGCCACAUCAACAGCAAUGUCGACAGCUACAUCAUCUGUGAGCACACCAGUUGUUUCAGAGGUGGUCACUGCCAGUUCUACACCAAUUGUAGAUACAAAAAAGGAGGAGGUGGAGGAGAAGGAAGAAGCCACCGUUAUAUUGGAGGAUCAACUCAAACUAGCUGUCAAGGUACUGACAUCCAAGUCGUGUUCAGAGGAGGGAUUGGAAGAUGCAACCAACUUACUCUUGCGCAUGUCAUGGGCCAACAAUGCCACAAGAAAUGCUGUCUUGCGGCUGCUUCUUGAGGGUGCACAGGAACUUGGGCACACUGUUUGUAGCCACAUCAGGAGCUUGCUACAUGAACUCAAAAAGCACAGUGGAAAGACUAGGGAUGAAGAUGAGGAGAUGAAGGAGGCUGAUAGCACCUCAGCUCCCAUGGGCAAGGGUAUUCUCCCAGACAGGUUUACACAGGGUACUGCUAUUGUAGUUGCAGCCCCUAAAAAAGUCAAAGGAGGGCGAGAGUUGCAGCUUCCCUCUAUGAACCUUCUAACCAACAAGACGUCAAGUCAGCAGUUCCUUCUCCGUAUCCUCAAGGUCAUCAUCCAACUGCGAGAUGCUGCCAGGACCAUGGUCAAACGGGGACGAAGACAAACCACUUCACGGGAUUUGGGUAACAUUGCAGAGGCCAUGGCAGUGUUAGAGGCUGAGGCGGAGGCUAUCAUAGAGAUGGUUGGACGACGUGCACAGCAGAAUCACCAGAUCCGUGAGUUGCAACAGCGAGCCACACCUGCAGCACAGGUUGAUUCUUCCGAGGCCACUCCAGCUUCUACUGGGGAGCAAAGUGGAGCAAAUGAGGUGGAGGGAGCAGCUCCAGGGGGCAGUGAUCAACCUACGCCUACAGAAUCUGCACGAGAAUCGGGUGCAGAAACCCCUAUGGAUGUUGAUCAGCCAGGUACAUCAGGAGAAAAGAAGGACAAGGAUGAGUCUACUGCUCUGCCACGACUUAGUGAGCAAGUCCUUCUAGACGAUCUUUGGACGGUUCUGGGAGACUGCCUUUCCGAGCUUGCCAAGACACCUGACCAUCAUGCCGUCCUCAUACUACAACCAGCCGUAGAGGCCUUCUUCAUUGUACAUGCAGGUGAGAAGGAUGGCAAGUCAGCAGACCAGCCAUCACAGAAGCGAGAGGAUCAGCUGGCCCACUUGAAUCUUGACGUGGCGCCAGCAUCCCCAGCUGCCCAGUCAGAUACUCCACACCUCAACAGGGAGAAUUCUGUAGCCUCCAUGUCCUCUAUAUGUAACCUACCACCAGACACACAGAAGUUCCUCAAGUUCGCAGAGACCCACAGAACAGUACUAAACCAGAUUCUGCGCCAGUCAACUACACCCCUGGUGGAUGGCCCCUUCUCCGUCCUUGUUGACCAUACCCGCAUCCUAGACUUUGAUGUUAAACGCCGCUACUUCCGCCAAGAACUGGAACGGUUGGACGAGGGUUUGCGACGUGAAGACCUAGCUGUUCAUGUGAGACGAGAGCAUGUGUUUGAAGACUCCUUCAGGGAACUUUUUAGACGUACUGUGGAUGAAUGGAAGCACAGGUUCUACAUCGUGUUUGAAGGUGAAGAAGGGCAGGAUGCUGGAGGGCUGUUGCGAGAAUGGUACAUCAUAAUUGCUCGUGAGAUUUUCAACCCAAUGUAUGCGCUGUUCAGCACUUCACCUGGUGAUCGUGUCACCUACACAAUCAACCCUUCUUCUCAUUGCAACAGUAACCAUCUGAGCUACUACAAAUUUGUUGGACGUAUCAUUGCUAAGGCCAUCUAUGACAACAAAUUGUUGGAGUGUUAUUUCACAAGGUCCUUCUACAAACACAUCAUAGGACAGACUGUCAAGUACACCGAUAUGGAAAGUGAGGACUAUGCAUUUUACCAGGGACUAGUGUUCUUAUUGGAAAAUGAUGUCAAGGAUUUAGGUUAUGACCUGGCAUUUUCAACAGAGAUCCAGGAGUUUGGUGUUACUGAAUCACGUGACCUAAAGACAGAUGGCAACAAAUUGAUGGUGACAGAAGCCAACAAGAAGGAAUAUGUGAAGCUUGUUUGUCAAAUGAAGAUGACUGGUGCAAUUAGGAAACAGCUCAAUGCUUUCAUGGAAGGGUUUUAUGACAUCAUACCAAAGAGACUUAUCUCUAUAUUCAACGAACAGGAAUUGGAAUUACUAAUCUCAGGCCUGCCAAACAUUGAUAUUGAUGACCUCAAGUCUAACACAGAGUACCACAAGUAUCAGAGCACUUCCCUACAGGUGCAGUGGUUCUGGCGUGCAUUGAGGUCAUUUGAGCAGUCAGACAGGGCACAGUUCCUACAGUUUGUAACAGGCACCUCCAAGGUACCCCUGCAGGGAUUCGCCUUCUUGGAAGGCAUGAACGGAUACCAAAAAUUCCAAAUCCAUCGGGAUGACAGGUCGACAGAACGACUGCCUGUUGCUCAUACUUGUUUCAAUCAACUUGAUCUCCCAGCAUAUGAAACCUAUGACAAACUUCGACACAUGUUGCUGUUAGCGAUAAACGAAUGCUCCGAGGGCUUUGGUUUGGCCUGAGAUGGCUGAAGAGUUCUCUCCAACAUGGGAAACUGAAGGCACUGGGCUGUGUUAUAUAUUGAUACUUGGACUUCACUGAAAUAUGAAAGUGGCCAGACACUGAGGCAUCAGUGUUCUAGGUGUUGCACGAAAAACAAAGAAACAAUGGAAAGAGAUGAUAGUUUAGAAAAAUUAUUGUAAAAUUAAGUUUCAGUUGAUUUUGAAUCUGGUGAUAAGAAUUGGAAACUUGUUGGACUUUCCACCAUUGUUUGAUACCUGCACAUUGAAGUAUGGGCGUUGAUGUAUGUAAUUGAAAGAGUGUGAAAAUGUGUUAGUAUGGUGAUGUGACAGUAUGUAGUUGUUUCCUCAUUUGGAUUAUAUAUAUUUACGCGUUGUAUAAAUUGUUACCACUAGUAUGUGAUUGUGCAGAGUAGAUUUCAUACAACCCCUUUAGUGCUAGUAGUAUCAUUAUUUAUUUAUGUAACUAGCAGAGACAGAUUCUUAUUGACAGGGUGUUAGAAAUGGGAUACAAAUCCUGCCACUGACUGUUACUACUUUACCACUAGGUCUUAUGUUGGUGUACAAAAAUCAGUUUUUGUGUUGAAUACAUAUAUUGAAGAUACCCCGUUUCUGUUGAUAUACCAUUCGGUAGUUAUUAAAAAUCUUUGGAUUACUACAUGGUGCCAUGUUCACUACUUUCAUUUAUUUUUUGAUCUGAGUUAACAAAGAAAACACCUGGGUUUGGCCGAAAAAGAAUGUAGUGGAAUCUAUUGAACUUAUCGGUUAGAUUAUUAUAACAAGAAUCCUUGUGCAAUAUAUGUGUGUGUUUUGUGAGAAAACAAUGUCUGGCCUUGACAGAUAAAGAGUGUGUCAUGAAUUAUUUCUCUACUGGUGAAUAAUCCGUGCUCCAGAUAAAUCCUGAUAGAAUGUCCUUGUUUUCCUGUGAUUUGUGAUCAUUGCCCCCAGACAUAAUAAGUUUUGUCCUCUCAGCAUCUUAGACUUGAGUUUUCUGGCUUUAUCACCACACUUGUAUCCAAAUCUACAGAUUUUAAACUUAUUUUGUUGUGGUAGUAUUUUAUUAUUAGACCAUCAAUAUAAAAUCAGUUUGAUGCUUAUUUGAUCAGUAAGUGGAUUAGAUGCCAGCUUUGAAUUUUACUUUUAGCUCGGGAUUGAACUUUGUUAUUACCCUGAAAUUCUUUUUUUGUUUCGUAUGAGGCAUUAUUAUACCAUGAUCAUUCUCAAGUCCAUUUUAUUUCACUUUGUUUCAGAUAAAUCCUAAUUAGUUGCCUUCAUCCCAUACACUAUUUGUCAGUAGUUCUUUUUGACUAGAGAUGUUAAGAUGCCUGUAAGAUAAUUAAAGCGACAGAGAUAAACAAGGUGAUGACUUUAUAUCCCCCCCUGAAAAUUUCCGAGGAGCAUAAAAAUAUCAAACACCUGGGGAAGUGAUUUCAUUUUUUCUAGGAAGACCAGUGAUCUAAGAAAUAAUCUUAAUGAAUUUUUUUGAAUUGCCCUCAUCAUAAAAGGAGCUGGAAAUAUGUGCAGAGGCAGUUUUACUCUCAUCAAGUGCUACAUUAACUUGUAUAAUUAUAUAGAAGUGCUAUCCAAAGUGUGUAUUAUGAUUUCUGUUAAAUUAUAUCAUUGGCCCCAGGUAUGAAAAUCUGAAGAGCACAUCAAAGGGCUAAUUUACAGGUGUGCCAAUGAGAUUGGGAUAUCUAAUCCUUAGGUACUAGAGGUAUUGAUACUUGUACAGUAGUAACUGUGUAUGUAAAGUGUUGAGAAGGCAGAUCCGUGUGGAAGGUAAGAAGUACACAAAACAACAUAUAUUGGAAUAUUAGUUAUUAUUUUGCUUGGUUUUUGUUUAUAUUGUAUUUCUGUGAAUACUUUGAUAUUGUGUCCCUGUUUGAUUGACUGCUCAGAGCAGGAAGAUGUUUAUUUAUUUAUCCUGCCGUGAGCUGUGAUGAAAGAGUAGGGUUAAUCUAGGAUGGUCCCCUAUUGACGUGGUGCCUCUGGACACAGAACAUAUCUGUCCAUGUAAAGCAGGUGUGUCUUUAGGCAAAUAUAUGUAUAGCAUUGAACAAAUUGAUAUACUGGCACUGUGCAUGUUUAUGGGAGAUUUUAAGGACUGGUAUUCUGGUACAGUCUAUAAGAGUUAUGGUGUGUUGCAGGAACUACCUGACAUGAUUAUUCUUUGUCCAUGGUUUGUAUACGUUGAUGAAUAAAUAACAUGUACUAUGA